GACCUGUAGGGUGCUUCCGGCCGGAAGGGGCUCGGGUGGUCCCUGGGCUGCGGGUCACCCUCCCAGCGGUGGCACCUGAGCGCGGGCGCUGGGGAUCCCGGCCGGAGGGACCCGGUACCCAGCCCUGGAGACCCUGGAGCGGCGGCCCGGGGCGGGGCCGAGGGUCGCCGGGAGCUCCGGGGCGGGUCCCAGGGGCGGUGCUUUGCGGGCAGGUACCGCGGCUCCGCCCCCGUCCGCCGAGCCGGUCGGCCUUGGGCCGGGCGAGCUAAUCGCCGCGGCCCAAUGACAACAAGGCCCAACCCUUCCAGCCUAGGAUCUAGAGACGCGACCCAAGAGAGCCCGCGGCUACUUUAUUGCUGUGGCCACUGCCACCGCAGCCAGAGCUCUCAGACUUUACCCGGACACCAGCUUCCUACGGCUUUCCCCAGCGUCGGGCCCUCCGGGACCGUACCUAACCGCAACUGGUGCCCGCGUUUCAAGACGUCAGAAACCUGUCAGCGGGACCCGAGGCCACCGGGGUCGUGAGGACCCAGGAUCCAGUGAACAUGAUAACCUGCGUACCGGCCUCAGAGCAAAGCAGCUGUGCCGAUGGAGAGCCACAAGUUUAUUGUCCUGAAGAUACUGGGGACACCGAGGCUGUGCGGGCUACUGACUGCGGGAGCCCUGAGGACAGUGGACGCCAGAAUGAGCCAGGCUCCUGCAAUUCAGAGGACUCUGGGCAGUUGAUGGCCUCCUACGAGGGUAAAGCUAGGGGCUACCAGGUGCCUCCUUUUGGCUGGCGGAUCUGCUUGGCUCAUGAGUUUGCAGAGAAGAGGAAACCCUUUCAGGCUAACAACGUCUCUCUAAGCAACUUGGUAAAGCAUUUCGGUAUGGGCUUGAGGUACUUGAAGUGGUGGUACCGGAAGACCCAGGUGGAAAAGAAGACUCCUUUCAUCGACAUGUUCAAUUCUGUACCCCUGAGACAGAUCUAUGGUUGUCCCUUGGGUGGCAUUGGAGGAGGCACUAUCACCCGGGGCUGGAGAGGCCAGUUCUGUCGUUGGCAGCUUAAUCCUGGGAUGUACCAGCACCAGACAGUCAUUGCAGACCAAUUUACAGUAUGCUUGCGUCGGGCUGGGCGGACUGUGUAUCAGCAAGUUCUGUCCCUGGAGCGUCCAAGUGUCCUGCGCAGCUGGAACUGGGGCCUGUGUGGUCACUUUGCUUUCUACCAUGCCCUUUACCCCCGAGCCUGGACAGUCUACCAGCUUCCUGGCCAGGGCGUCACUCUCACCUGCCGCCAGGUCACACCUAUCUUGCCACAUGACUACCAGGACAGCUGCCUCCCUGUAGGAGUCUUUGUGUGGGAUAUAGAAAACGAAGGAGAUGAAGCUCUGGACGUGUCCAUCAUGUUCUCUAUGCGGAAUGGACUAGGGGGUGAAGAAGAUGCGCCAGGAGGGUUGUGGAAUGAGCCCUUCUGUCUGGACCAGGAUGGGAAGACUGUGCGGGGACUACUCCUGCAUCACCCCAGCCCCCCGAACCCCUACACCAUGGCUGUGGCUGCACGCUGCACGGCAGACACCACGGUAACCCACAUCACAGCCUUCGACCCUGACAGCACUGGGCAGCAGGUGUGGCAGGACCUACUUCAGGAUGGACAGCUGGACUCCCCUGCUGGCCAAAGCACCCCCUCGCAGAAAGGAGAGGGUAUUGCUGGGGCUGUCUGUAUCUCCAGCAAGCUGCCACCACGGGGCCGGUGCUGCCUGGAGUUUUCACUGGCUUGGGACAUGCCUAGGAUCAUGUUUGGAGCUAAGAGCCAAGUUCACUACAGGCGCUACACACGGUUCUUUGGUUCAGAUGGUGAUGCGGCACCUGCCCUUAGCCACUACGCACUGUGCCAAUAUGCAGACUGGGAGAAGAGAAUCUCAGCAUGGCAGGGCCCAGUAUUGGAUGACAGAUCCUUGCCUGCCUGGUACAAAUCUGCACUGUUCAAUGAAUUAUACUUCCUGGCUGAUGGAGGCACAGUAUGGCUGGAAGUUCCUGAAGACUCUCUCCCAGAGGAGCUGGGAGGCAGCAUGCAUCAGCUCCGCCCCAUCCUGCAGGACUAUGGGCGAUUUGGCUAUCUUGAGGGCCAGGAGUAUCGCAUGUACAACACAUAUGAUGUCCACUUUUAUGCUUCUUUUGCCCUUGUCAUGCUGUGGCCCAAACUUGAGCUCAGUCUACAGUACGAUAUGGCUCUGGCCACUUUCAAGGAGGACCUGACGCGGCGACGGUACCUGAUGAGUGGGGUAGUGGGGCCUGUGAAAAGGAGGAACGUUAUCCCUCAUGAUAUCGGGGACCCAGAUGAUGAGCCAUGGCUCCGAGUCAAUGCAUAUUUGAUUCAUGACACCGCUGACUGGAAGGACCUGAACCUCAAGUUUGUGUUGCAAGUUUACCGGGACUACUACCUGACUGGUGACCAAGGCUUCCUGAAGGACAUGUGGCCUGUGUGUCUGGCUGUGAUGGAGUCUGAAAUGCAGUUUGAUAAGGACCAGGAUGGACUCAUUGAGAAUGGAGGCUACGCAGACCAGACCUAUGAUGGAUGGGUUACCACAGGCCCCAGUGCUUACUGUGGAGGGCUGUGGCUGGCCGCCGUGGCUGUGAUGGUUCAGAUGGCUGUUCUGUGUGGGGCCCAGGAUGUCCAGGAUAAGUUUUCUUCCAUUCUCUGUCGAGGCCGAGAAGCUUAUGAGAGACUGCUCUGGAAUGCUUUCCUUUGCCCUCCCUCUACUCCAGGCCGCUAUUACAACUAUGACAGCAGCUCCCAGCCUCAGUCCCGUAGUGUCAUGUCUGACCAGUGUGCUGGGCAGUGGUUCCUGAGGGCCUGUGGCCUGGGAGAAGGAGACACUGAGGUAUUUCCUACCCUGCAUGUGGUCCGUGCUCUCCAAACCAUCUUUGAGCUCAAUGUCCAGGCCUUUGCAGGGGGAGCCAUGGGAGCUGUGAAUGGGAUGCAGCCUCAUGGUGUUCCCGAUAGAUCCAGUGUGCAGUCGGAUGAAGUUUGGGUGGGUGUGGUCUACGGGCUGGCAGCCACCAUGAUUCAAGAGGGUCUGACUUGGGAAGGUUUCCGGACAGCUGAAGGCUGUUACCGCACUGUAUGGGAACGACUGGGCCUGGCUUUCCAGACCCCAGAGGCAUACUGUCAGCAGCGAGUGUUCCGCUCACUGGCCUACAUGCGGCCGCUGAGCAUCUGGGCCAUGCAGCUGGCCCUGCAGCAGCAGCAGCAGCAGCAGCAGCAGCAUAAAAAGGGCAGCGGCCAGUCGUCGUCACACAGGGCACAGGACUAAGCACAGAACCUGAAUGUGGACCAAAGCUCAGUCCGGAGCGAUCCCUCCGCACUGUGGAAGCCCAGCCUCCACACUGGUCUUCCCUCCUUCCCAUACUCCUGCAGCCCUGAGCCACUAGGACAAUCACCCCCUCCCCUUCUCCCUCCCCAGCUGUGCCAGGAAAAGGGGCUGAAGAACCACUUAUUUAUUUCUUCCCUACCCGUUCCUUCCGCGGAUGAAAUAGUCAAGGCCAGUAAAUUUCUCCAAGUCUGUUCAUGGAACAACAGAUACACAUGGAUAUAAAUAAAAGACCCCUAAAACUAGUGAGUGUGCUGUGUUUGAGCUCCCAGGCAUCCUAACAGGGCACAAGAGCAAAGGCCAGCUUUCCUUUCCCCCUAUUCCUUUUUAUUUGAAUACAGACACGAAUCCUCAGGCUGAGGAUAUUCUCCCCUCUAACCUGAAUACCUGCCCUGCAAGAUGACAGAAGGAGGGCUGUGGGGAGGCAGCCACCCCUGUUUCUUUGAAAGAUUUGCCUGCAGGGGAGGGUUGGGGCCUGAGAAGGGGGUCUCUGAGGAACGAUCAAGGAGUGGCCAGUGCUGGGGUGGCUCUUCCUGAGGCAUGUGGUAGAGCAGGCAGGAAAAGUUGCCGGAGGCCUGGAGCCUAUGUUCGGAGCUACCCAGCAACUGGGUUGUGCUGUCCUUCGGAAACUUUGACUGCUGGGCAGGCAGCUUCGGCUGAGGGAGGUCGUCACUGGGGAGGGCACGAAGCUGACGGUGUAACACUGAAGAGACAAAGACCUGUCUGUCAGGAGACAGCACCAAAGAAGCCCUUUACCAGAGCCCAUGCCUUCAAGGUGUCCUGAAGCCUCUUACCGACAUACUCAGCGGGCACACUCCCCCUUGUGUCCGAGGAGUACAUGGCAGGAACAAGAAGAAGACAGAAAGAAAAGAGAAGGACCUGGAAAACAAGGAGAGAGGAGAUGAAGGAAGGGCUCUGGCCACACACCCUGUCUCCGCCAGGAAAAGGAUCUCCUGCCCCACCCUCUCACCAGAACACAGGUGCUGCCGCUGCUGGUUUUGUUGGCUAUCUCAAUGACCAAGGCCUGAAGUCUCCUCAGUUGCUCUAGAAGGGACCUAAAGGAAGAGAGGAAACGGUGAGCAUGCCCUGGCCUAGCACGGAGUCACAACGAAACCCUCCGGUUUAGCCGUCCUCACUACUGGUGCAGUGAAUCCAAUCUCUUAACUGCCUUGCCUUUUUU